AUGAGCCCUCUGCUCGAGGAGUUCAAGAACAACAAAGCGCGGCGGUUCGAGCUCGGCGACCUCGCGGAGCACGUCGUGGAGUUUUCCAGCGACCAGCACGGCUCGCGGUUCAUUCAGCAGAAGCUCGAGACGGCGGCUCCGGAGGACGCGCAACUCGUGUUCGACGAGGUCCUCCCCGCCGCGCACGCGCUCAUGACGGACGUGUUCGGGAACUACGUCGUGCAGAAGUUCCUCGCGAACGGCACCCCGGAGCAGAUCGACGCCAUCGCGGGCGAGCUCAAGGGCCACGUCUUGUCGUUGUCGCUGCAGAUGUACGGAUGUCGCGUGAUUCAAAAGGCGCUCGAAGUGAUCGACGAGGACGCGCAGUGCGCGCUCGUCGCCGAGCUCGAGGGCCACGUCUCUCGGUGCGUCCGCGACCAGAACGGCAACCACGUCGUGCAGAAGUGCAUCGAGUGCGUGGCGCCGGCGAAGAUUCAGUUCAUCGUCGAGGCGUUCUACGGCAACGUGUUGUCGUUGUCCACCCACCCGUACGGCUGCAGAGUGAUUCAGGCGCGUUCUAUACACUGGGUCUUGGAGCACUGCACGCCGGAGCAAAAGAGCGAGGGGAUCAUGGACGAGAUCCUGAGAGAGGCGACGAGCUUGGCGCAGGACCAGUACGGGAACUACGUCGUGCAGCACGUGUUGCAGCACGGCGGCGAGGGCGAGCGCAAGACGAUCCUGCAGACGCUCGCGGGUCAGAUCGUUUUGCUCGCGCAACACAAGUUCGCGUCCAACGUGAUUGAAAAGUGCCUCACGUACUGCGGCGCGAGCGAGCGGCAGAUCAUGAUCGACGAGAUGCUCGGGAAAACUGACGAAAACGAGCCGUUACAGGCGAUGAUGAAGGACCAGUUCGCGAACUACGUCGUCCAGAAGCUCCUCGAGGUGUGCGACGACGGGCAACGCGACCAGCUUCUCACGCGGAUGCGCGUGCACUUGGGCAACUUGAAGAAGUUUACCUACGGGAAGCACAUCGUCGCUCGCGUGGAGAAGUUCGUCGCGUCCGCAUCGACGGCGGCGAAUUCGGCGGGGAUCGAACCGGCGGCGACGGCGACGGCGAGCGAGGGGGGCGAGGACCAGGACGACGCGCGACCGGCGGCUGGUUCGGCGGAGACGGGGUUUGGAGAAGAAGGCGACGGCGGCGAGGACGACGCGCAGCUGUCGUCGUCGGAGGGCGGGAAAUCGGGCGGCGGGGGCGCGGAGGCGUACGGUGCGUCCGCGGACGUCGGCGAGCCCGCGGUCUCGGCGUCGUAG